AUGCUAGAUCUUUCAGAUUUCGAAAAAUUAGUUUUAUUUAUUCAUGACCUUCUUGAAUUAUAUCGCUCAAAAGGAAUUAAUGUGAAGAUUUUAGAUGUUGGAGGUGGAUUAGGUGUUUCAUACACAAAUCCUAAUCUUUUACCUGAUUUUGAAAAAUAUUUCAAAAUAUUUUCGAGCUUAUCACCCAAAGUUGAAGAAAUUCACUUCGAACUAGGUCGAUCAAUUAUUUGUCAAUGCGGAUCUCUUGUCACAAAGUUAUUAUAUAUUAAGCAAGGAAUGGAAAGGAACUUCGCCAUUGUAGAUGGCGGUAUGACCGAACUUAUUCGUCCUGCAUUAUAUAAUGCUUUUCAUUUAGUCGAAAAUGUUACUCACCCAGGUAAUGAUUAUGAAUUUGAUGUUGUUGGGCCAGUAUGCGAAUCAUCAGAUGUUAUAGCACAUUCCGUGAAGAUGGGAGAUGCCAAAAGAGGCGACUAUGUCAUAAUAAGAAGUGCUGGAGCAUAUGGUGAAUCAAUGGCAUCAUCGUAUCUAUGCAGAGACAUACCUUUGGGAUAUAUUUCAGAAGAAUUUCAAGAUAAUUGA